ACUGUGCGGAGAUAUGAACAAUAAACAUGUGGUUCCUACAUUGUUACAAUGGAACCAGAUUAAUUCGGGCGGAAUCUUUCUGUAGGUCUACGUUUUCGACACGGACGGUUUUUUUAAACGGACGAAACGCUCAAUCCCUGGCGAAAUGGAAGUGAAAAAUGCGAAUGCCGCUAUGCUCAGUAACUAUGAGAUAUUUAAGCUACUGACAGAUCUGAAGGAGCAGAGGAAGGACAGUGGGAAGAACAAGCACAGCGCUGGGCAGCAGAAUCUGAACACCAUCAUGUAUGAGACGCUGAAGUACCUGUCGAAGACACCAUGUAGCAGACAAAGUCCAGAGAUCGUUAAAGAGUUUCUCACCACCAUGAUUCCUCAUAAACUCACAAAAGCAGAAAAACUACAACUGUUAAACCAUCGGCCCCAAACUGCCGUGGAAAUUCAGCUGAUGGUAGAGGAGAGUGAGGAGCGCUUAUCAGAGGAGCAGAUAGAGGAGCUUAUCCAGACCAUUGCAGAGAUCCUGCCUGGUGACCCAGAGCAGGAAAACACAGCUCCAGCAGACGCAGAGAUGGAUGAAGCAGGCGAACAGUCAUGACAGCGGCAGGACAGAAGUGAACCAAAGGUGGAAAACUGAGACAGACGUAUUACAUAACUGGACUGGUUUCUAUCAGCCUGCACUAUGCUCCAUAUCUGUGGAACUGGAUAACAUGCUCAUAGAAGGCAUGUACAAUGACCAGAGGAUUUAUUUAUUUGUUAUUUUUUCCCAAUUUAUUAUCAGUGCAUGUAUUCAUGUCAAACAUGCAAACAGUUAUACAGUUUGUCUUUUUUGCAUUUGAUUUAUAAUGUGUAAUUCAAAACAGGGUUCAGUGCUACUAUCCUGCUGUAUUUAUAGUUUCUGAGUUAAUGUUAGUUGUUGGUUUUUACUAGGGUGCAGGAUUUUGCUCCUGUAUCAUUUUCCAAACUGUAUAUUAAGGCAGUCAUGUAAUUAAACAUGUAUUCUACAGAAGUACCAUAAAGAAAAGUCACAUAUUGUGGUCACAAUGAUUCAGAUAGAUAAUAAAAAGGAAAGAUAAUUUAUUGUCUCCUCUUCACUUGUUAAGAUGCUUUUUUUUUAUAUGUGAAAAAUGAAAAAAUGAACCAUAGCAGACUCUAUGCAGCUGCAGUCUAUUCUUAUCAUGGUGACAUCAUCAGGAAGCAGGGCAGUCAACAGCACAAUAUUUGCUUCUUAAAAUGCUGCAGGCUGACUUUUGAGCAGUAACAUGAUAAAGAAUUUUAAAAUUAGGAAGCUGUGGUGCAGAAUGUGAAGAAUUGGUGCUAAAAUAUGACUAUAAUCUGUUACCAGUUUCACAGUAACAAAAUUCAGCUUCAGGUAAAGAAAAGUCACCUACAGAUCAGUAGAUGCAGAUUAUAAUCUUUUGAUCAGUCCCUAUUUCAUGCGUUGUAAUAUUGUGAAGUAGAGAAGGAAGUACAUUCUGGUUAGACCUACGCACCGUUCUGUUUUAGUCUUCCUGUUGGUGUCACAACAGUUUCCUGUUCUUACACAGGAUUCUGACAAGUUGCAGAGAAAUAAAAAUCAUAAACACUGAUUAUGUAGUAACUAUCAGCUAUCACACCUCCACAACUGAAAAUUAUGGAGAUUAUAGAGUGUAAUGUCCUAAAGGUCAUGGACUGGCUCAACAAUCUGCACUGUAUUACACAAAUGGAUGCAGAAAAACAAAAAUGUAAUAUACAGUCUAAUGAAAAGACAAGACUGAAAUACUGCUGCGUGAAGUUAAACUGACGCAGUAUAAUUCUGAAAUUCUGUCAGGGCACUUGUAUACAGUAAAAAUCUUUUUCAUGUAGUUCUUACAUUUUAACACAUUUGUUUGGGAAUGCUUACUACUUUUUAUUUCGCAUAAUGUGGUUUUAUUGUUUCCAUGCAGAUAAAACGGAUAUACAUUUAGUGGUAUAGGCAUCUUUAUGGUUUAUUUUUUAUUUAUAUACAGUGUUUAAUAAAUGUAUUGGAACAC